AUGGAUGAUCGCACAAGUCGACACGAUGAUUAUGAACCUCUGGAUUUGUCCACCGAAAUCCAGCUGCCAGUGCCCUCUUCGGUCGCUCAGCCAGAGGUUAUGAGUGCCACCAUUUCCAAGGCAGAGACAGGUGUUCAGUCCGUGCAGCUUAAGCACAAUCUACAGCGCAUAUUUCACUGCACCGAUAAACAUAUCUGGGCCCCCAUCAUUGGAUGGGGUAGCAUCUUCAUAGCUGGAAGUCUGUGCGGUCGUUUCUUCGGCGUCAGACCACUCUACAUUGCCAGGUAUCGGAUGCGGCUCGCAGGAACGUGCGCUGCACUAGGGACUGUAACUUUCUGGAAUAUGGCUAUCAACAAUAAUGUGUCCAAGUUCGUGGCGGACGAUGAUAUCCAUCCCAUCACGAACGUGGUCUUUACCUUCUACACAGUCGCUCAGGACCCCGAACGGCGGAAGGCUCUCAUUUUACCGGAGUCGCUGGAUUCUGUAAUACCAGAUCUGUUCGCUCGUAUACAAGGGCCGUACAUUUCUCCAGGCACGGACUUUAGCUCAGGUCUUUCACAGCGGAUAACCUGGUGGACCAGCCACAUAUGGCCAAGUCGUAAAGCCCAAGGGGCUGCCAGAUGGUGGUUCCAGGGUUUUCUAGAGGGUCAACAGCUCUCGCCGCAUGACAUAGACAUCAUUAUGACACUGGUGGCACACGGCAUUGAUGGGCAAAGCUGGGAUGAGAUGGGUGGCUUAGCCAUCGUCACUACCUUAGGCCUUGCAGCGGCGCGGGCAUUAGCACGCAAGCACAUGCGGAUCACGAGAUGGCUCAAUUACUUCCUGGCUGCAUCGUUUGGUGCAUCGGCUAUUAUGUCGCAAUUUCGGCUCUAUCAGCUCACUGCCUAUCCCUUUGAUAUCCACGAUAAAGCAGGAGCAGCGGCUGCCCUCAGAAAAUUUGACAUCAAGAAGGCGGACGGUGGGAGGUAUGAGCAACUACUGAACCGAGGUGCCCAAUCGCGAGCGCCGCAAUCUCAAAAAUGA